GUCGGGAACUCCCCGCGAUGUCGACUCAGCGUCCAAAUCUCAAGGCGAGAGGAAGGCAAACGGGCAUGGUCACUGGGCGGGGAAUGUAGCGGUGAAGAGUCCAGUUCAAGCUCCGAGGAUCAAACGCGAAUUAUCUGCUCGACCUGGUGUUUCCUCCCUGCAGGCUCUCCUGACCCUACGGAAUCUUCCUCCGUUCGACAUGCUCUCGCCAACGAUCCGAACCGCACGACACCCGUGCCAGGCGCGGUGCACAAGAAGAAGAAACGCAAGGUCAUGCACGAGCUCAGCCCAGAGACACCGCUCCGGGAAAUGAGUCACCGUGGAUCAAGCCCAUAUGUCGACCCCGUAAUCGAACGAGCCUCUGUACCGCCGAGAGAAAGGGAGCAGAGCGUCCGUUCAGUCCGACUAGAUUCCCCCUCGCUGUCGACCUUGACAACAGGCCCUCCGCACCUGGACAAUCGGAUUCCUUCCCCUCGACCAUCUCUCCCUUUAUCCGCUUCGACCGGUGGAGCGCCGAAGAUCAAGUUGAAGAUCAGUAAUAACAAGGCCAUUACAGUCAACAGCCCAAAUGCCUCCAGCUCGGACCACUCGGUACAGCAAUUCAUAAAUCCCAAUCUCAGCUUUUCCCCCCUACGUCCCGGCGUUACCAACCCGACGACUCAUGCAUCUUCAUCACGAUCCGUCAUCCCGCCUCGCCAACCUAUUCCCGCUCCCGCUCCUCCUCAACCCCGGCGUCAAAAGGACGUCGACCAAGACUUUUCGACGGUCAAAAACGUCGCUCAGACUGUACAGUGGAGCACGUUCUGGUCCGGGAUCGAGACGUACAUUCGCGAUGUCGGCGAGGAAGACGUCGCCAUGUUGACGUUCAGACCCGACGAUCGAGGCAUCUACGAUAUGCCUGCUCUCGGUCGACAUUAUCAAGAUAUUUGGGACGAGGAGGACAUGCAGUUGCCAUUCAGCCAGGCUUCGAAUCAGGCCUGGGUGACCUCGGCCAACAUGGCAUCGGGAGCGUUUCAGAGAGAGAAGGAGCGUGAUGCGCUCGGUAACAGGAUCGGGAAGGGUUUGAGACGGGCUCACCCGAAAGAUCUGAACGAGGCCGAUCUUAGGGACGAGCGGAAAGGUCCAGGGUUGUUGGAAGAGCGGAUUGUAGCAGGGCUCUGGGAAGGACACCGGUUGAAGCACGGGGGAGAUGUUUCAGGCGAGACCGGUGUGCAGAAGGAUACGCACGAAGUCGUGGUCAAAGGCGAGCCGGGAAUAGGACCGGCGCAGGAUGUAGACAUGGAACCACGGGCGGGGAAUGGGAGACUCGCUGGAAAGCCUGUAUCUGAAACUGGUGCGACUUGGCCGAUCGCGCCCCGACGUAUAAAUGGGGUCGCCACUUCGGGCCAGCCGACACGGCUCGACAUGAUGAAUGCAACUAUAGGCGAGACAGAGGAGGGGGUCAAGCGAGAACUUCGGCAUCUCGGUCUACUUGAUGCGAACGAAGAGAUCGACUGGACACGGAAAGAAGACGACGAGAUCGCCGCAGCGCUACGGCAAUGUCAGCGUGCGCUCAGGGACCAGAUCGCGAGCAACAAUGCCCGUAAAGAACGAUUGACCGGCUUGGUCAAGGACCGGCUCGCCUUUGGCGGCUACGAAAAGACGCUGGAAGGAUUAGAAAAGGCGAUCGAGAGCACCUGGUUGAAGCGCUCGGCGAGAAAGAACAAGAAGCAAAAGUCGAGCAGUCAUCGGGAAGACGGCAAUUCGGCGCGUCGGCCUGGUGAAAAGGUUCCUCUGCCCGAAAACGUCAAGCAAGCCAUGGAAGCUCGAAGACGAUGGAUCGACGUCGUCGGUGCCGCCAUGCAGGCUCCCGACGUACAAGGGAGGUUUACCGGUCUACCUGAGCGGAGUAUCUAUGCAGAGAUGGAAGAUCUGAAGGGAGACGCGGCGGGACGGACGUGGAUACAGACCAUGUCGAGCGAAUAGACGGGAACUAGCCCGCUUGUCUCGCCGCCACGGCGGUAGACCAAGCGGAACAGCAUGACAUCCAUCACAUGUAUCUAAUCGUAUUGCGACUAAGCUGUCAGGGUGGUCGUUUGUCGCAGCCCCACACCGCAUGUCAAAUUGUUGCAUAUAUAGCCCGGUCCACCGUUUCAUCCAAG